CACCUGCUGCGUAGUACCGAGACAGCCGAGACUGCGCCGUGCGCCGUGCGGUGCGUUUGGCGCCUUUUAUCGUUGAGUGUCUUUGAACAGGCUUGGACCUGUCUGACCGAGUCAUUUUGUACACGUAUGUAAAUGCGUAUUCUCGAUUUUCACGUGUAUGUCAUUGCUUCCUCAUCUGAUUAGAUGUGAAAGGAGUAUCGGUUCCAGUAGCAGAGACGAGCGAUCACGUCGAAGGCCAUUUCGACGAGAGAUAUUGGCUGCGGCUGAUGAGCGAGCCGUUGGCACUGUCACUCGAUCAGAGGAGAUAACCGAGACAACAUGUCCAAAGUACGGAGGCUCGCGCUUCGCGGCAUUCGUAAUUUCGGCGACGACAGCGAGGACGCGUUGAUACGCUUCUCUUGCCCGUUGACGCUGAUCCUGGGCCCGAACGGAACCGGGAAAACGACCAUCAUCGAGGCGUUGAAGUAUGCAACGACCGGCCAGUUUCCACCGGAUUGCGAUAAAGGGAGGUCCUUCAUACACGAUCCCAUGCUGGCGACCACCGGCUCGGUGAGAGGUGUUGUCAAGUGUGAGAUAAUCGAUAAUAUGGGUACUAGUUACAUAGUAUCUAGAACAAUUGAGUCAUCAAAAGGAGAUAAAAAAAAUAUCAAGACUCUUGAUAGCACUGUAACCAGAAAGAGCAAGGAUAAGAAAGAUUCAAUAACCAAUCGAUGUGCUAACGUUGAUAUGGAAGUUAGUAUAGCACUGGGUGUUUCAAAAUCAAUCCUGCAUUACGUUAUAUUUUGCCAUCAAGACGAGCUUAAUUGGCCGUUUGACGAGGGGAAAAAGUUAAAGGAGAGAUUCGACGAAAUAUUUGACAGCGCGAGAUUUAACAAAGCCCUGGAGUCCAUUUCGAAACUUCAGAAAGAAUUGCAAGCAGAUAUUAAAACUAUAAAUGCUGAGAAGAAGACUUUCAAAGUGCUUGUGUCUGAAGCGAAUGACAAAGAAACUAAAUUGAAAGACCAAAAGAAAAGAUUGGAUACUGCAAAGGAGAAAAUAAGUGACAUCGAUAAGCAGCUUGAACCCUUGAAACAAAAGCUCGACGAAGUGCAGAAAUCUCAUACGGAGUAUAAGAGUAUCCAGUCUGAGGAAGAGAAAAAGAAGAUGGAAUUCAAUAUGCAUAAGGACCGAUAUGAAAAACUGAAGAAAAGCAUAAAGAAUAUCUUCAGUGGAACAACAGAGGAAUUAAAUGUACGCAUAGAAUCGUAUGACACUGCACUACAGGAGAAAACCGUCGAAAUAGAAGAGAAUGAAGACCAAGUUAAAGCUAUCUCUGAAAAAGGAAAUAGGAUCUCGAAUAUUUUAGCGACGCGAAGGGAAACUGUAGGUACAUUGAAACAACAGGUGAGAGAUCACGAGAGAAGAGUGGCUCGUCGCAAUCAAUUAUUGAACGACGCACUACAAGCUUGGGAUUUCGACACAUUGGUCGAAUCGGACGUGUCUGAAUUAGAGGUGAAGGCGCUUACGAAAAGACUGGAAGAAAAGAUGCGGGUGUUAGAGAAGCAAGUGGAGGAAAAUAGAUCGGCCAUGCAGAGAGAGGAGAAAGAGUUACAGAGGGAAGUUGAUAUGCUGCGUAGCAAUUAUUCAAAGCUCGAUUCGCAGAAAGUUCUCAAGGAGAAGGAAAUAACAGAGAUUAGAGACGAGUUAGACGCAAUUCGAAACCAGAUAGCGCAGAUUGGAGCAGCAGGAAAUAAGUUGAAGUCCCUCGAGCAAAAACUUCAAACGGCAAAGCAAAGAAUUGACGAACUUGGCAACGCGAUGGAUGUCAAUUCUAUUAAAGCGGACAUCACAGAAAAAAUAAAAUCUAGAGAUAAGAUUGAAGCAAGUUUAAGCGCGAUCGAUGACGAGAUUACUUCUCUACAUAAAUUAAGUUCGUUAACGGCGGAGUUCGAGUUAAAGAAAUCGGCAUUGAAAGCUAAGGAAGAGGAGUUGGAGAAUUUGAAGAGAAAGCAUGGAGACAGCAUCAAGAUACUGUUGAAUACCCAAGAAUUGGAGCAAACGAAAUUGAAAGAUACUCUGGAACGCGUUCACCAGAGAUUGGAAAAAGAGACCAAUUCUUUAACACGAGAAAUUCAAGCACAAGAACGUAAAACUGCAUCUCUUGAGACAACAACACGGCAUAUAGAAUCCGAUAUUAAGAAAAAGACGAUAGAACUACACAACGAUAAAGAAAGGAUAUCUGCGGUGUGCGAUUACAAAGAUUUCGAUGAGACUUUGUUAAUGCAAUCGACAAAGGUAAAGGAUCUUCAGGACAAGAGAGGAAUCUAUGCUUACCAAGCUACAGCCUACAAGGAAUAUGUUAAAAAGUUAUCCGUGAAGGAUCCUUGUUGUCCCUUGUGUCAUAGAAAUUUUGAGAAGCAGGAUAAAGUCACAGAUUUAAUACAAGAAAUCGAAAGUGAUAUAAUAAGUAAUCAACCCAGUCGUUUAAAGUCAUGUGAACGAGAGUUAAGUAGAGAACAGGAUAAAUACGACAAUAUGUUGCAAUUGAAACCUAUUGUCGAGAAAAUCACACAAUGCGAAGAAAACGACUUGAAAAUGUUAGAGGAAAAGUUAAAUAAGACAAAGAACAGUGUAGCGCAGUCAAAAAUGGCCGUUAAGAAUUUAGAGGAGUCAAAGGCGAAGCCUGAGAAAAUGUUGUCCCUAUAUAAAAAUAUGAUUGGCGAUAUUAAAUUCUGGGAUCGGUGCAUAGAUGAAAUACAGGAAUUGAAGAGAGCCGUUACCAAGUUGGAAACUCAAAUGGCCAGUGCUGGAAUAAAGACCGAAAGGACCAUAGAAGAAGCACAGGCGCAGCGAGAAUCUUUGAAGACAUCCCUUAGAGAAACUCGUAAUCAUAUUGACGCGUUGCAACUCAAAUUAACCAAGCACAACGAGAAAUUGCAGGACGCUCGAGAGAUGUAUAACAAGUUGCACGAGGAGCAAUUGAAAAUACAGUCUGAUAUGCAGAAGUUGAAACAUUUGAAGGACAAGCAGGACGAUUUGUACACGCGAGAAAUUACCAUAGGAGAAACUGUGGACAAGCUACGGAAGGAUCUUGCACACGCUGAGACUCAAUUGGAUUCUGGAAGUCGGCAGCUGGAAAAGACCAAGGCAGAGAACUGGCAAAAGCAAGAAGCCGAUAGAAAAUCAAUGUCGGAAAGUGUCAGACGUUUGUCCGAUUUGCAUAAAAUUUUGGACGAGAUCAAUACUUUCGUUAGCAGCAACGUACUCGAGAAACUCGCGAGCUUCGAGGACGAGAUAGAGACUUACAAGAAUUCGCUAACUGAACUUAUGAAUAAGAAAAAGGACGUAGAGCAAGCGAUAAGCAAGUUGAAGGAGGACAUUGUCUCCCAAGAGAUUGGAAAGCGAGAGUUACUGGACAAUAUGAGCUUGCGUAAGAUUAAGGAGGUCCUAGAAACUCUGCAAGAGCAAUAUAGAAAAUUGAACGAAAAGCUGAAAAAUAUGGAUUAUAACGAGAUGACGAGGAAAUGGGAACAGUUAGAAAACGAGAAGCAAAUAUUGCUUCGACAAAGGAAUGUCGCGUGGGGAAAUCAGGAAGAGCUGGAGAGAGUAAUCAACCAGUACACACAUGAAUUACAGAAAGAGGAAUAUCGAUUAGCUCGUCGGAAUUAUACUAACAAGUGUAUUGAAUUAACGGUUCAAGAAGAUACUAUAGCUAAUCUGACAGCUUACAGCAAAGUAUUGGAUGAUGCGAUGAUCAAGUACCACGAGGAGCGUAUGUCGACGGUCAAUAAGAUAAUGAGGAGGUUGUGGAAGCACGUUUACAAGGGCACGGAUACAAGCAGCAUAGAGAUCUGCAUGGAACCUACAGAUGGUGUGGGCAGUAAAAGAAGAAGCUACAACUACAAACUGAUUCAAACUAAGCACGGCUGUAAGAUGAAUAUGAAAGGACGUUGCAGUGCCGGACAGAAGGUACUGGCGUCGAUAAUUAUAAGACUCGCUUUGGCGGAAACAUUCUGCAAGAAUUGCGGCAUUCUCGCGUUGGACGAACCAACGACAAAUCUGGACGAGGAAAACGCGAACAGCUUAGCGGAUAUGCUAACCAAGGUAGUCGAAUUGCGGUCGAGACAUCAGAAGAAUUUCCAAUUGAUUAUAAUCAGCCAUGAUGAAAAGUUCCUACAGAAGCUUGCCGAUUUGAAUAAUCACAAGCAAUUCCACGAGCUUUAUCGCAAACAGAACGGGAUGACCACGGUAAAGAUCUCUGACUUCAACGAUAUGAAUUCUAUGGGUCUGUUGCACAUUAAGAGUGAAGAUGAGUCCGAUGAGGAAGAGCGACGUCCUAAUCAAUUUCGAGAAUCGACCAGUGGUUUGUUCAGAGCUACAUCAAGUAAGAAAAGGUAUAAUUUGGAUGACACCGAUGAAGAUAUCAGGCGACCAGCUAAAAAGAAAUAUUGCUUCAAUAUUGCUGAGUAAUCUAAAAAUACACGUCUCGUUCUUAUACUAAACACGUAUGUUUCUAAUGUUUCUAUAUAUACGUUAUAUAUACUAUCUUUAAUAUAAUAUAUAUUUUUUAUUUUUGAUAAUGUUCCUUGUUGAUUGUUACAGUAUAUUUUUCGUAGCAAUGUGUCAGUGUGUUAAAAAAAAAAGAAAGAUAUAAUAGAUAAAAGUUACAUGCUGAAAAUACCUCAAAUAAUAUAAGAAAAUAAAAAUUACUUUGCAACUACUCCGAGAGAAAUGUAGUUUGGUUAUUAAUAAAUUUGAUUCUCAGAUCAAAAA